UGUAUUAUACAUUCCACAGAUCUUGACCGACCGAGCGAAGAAGUUUUCUCUCGAGACCUUUCCGAUUUUCCAUCGGUAGAAAAUGGCACGGGAACAAAUGAUGAAGAUGAAUUCAGCCUUGGCUUGCCCACUGAGCAAAGGAGAAAAAAAGAGCAGUUGGACAGCAGUCUCAGAGCGAGCGGAGAGAGGCAGUCAGCAGCUGGUCUCACCCUUCCUUUGAGCAGUGACCAAACCUUUCACUUGAUGCGCAACCUGGCUGGGGACGCCAUUGCGGCCGCAGUGACAGCAGCCAUCAAAGAGCAGUUGGAGGGCGCGCAGCAAGCCCUUUCUCAGGCUGCCCCCAGCCCAGGCGACGACACAGACCCUGAGGAAGGUGAUGACUUUGAACUACUUGACCAGUCAGAGCUUGAUCAAAUUGAGAGUGAAUUGGGACUUUCACAAGACCAAGAAGCAGAAGCACAGCAAAAUAAGAAGUCUUCGGGCUUCCUUUCAAAUCUACUUGGAGGCCCUUAGUCUGGGAAUCAACUUGUUCAACACAGCACAGAUGAAACUACCAAAAAAAUUCAAACAAGCAAAAAAAAAAAAAAAAAGAAAAAAGGAAAAAAAUUUUUGAACUGUGAGCUUUACUGAUUACUUCAGAUUUUUUUUUCUUAUUUUCCCUUCUGCAGUGAAUUAAUUGGAUAUAUAUCAGCUGAUACUGAUAUUUCCUAUAGUUAUUUUUAUGUAAUAUGCAUGGAAAUGAACUUUAUAUACAUAUAUAUACAUAACUGUGUUGUCAGAGAUGAAUAUUAGAGGUUGUUUUUAAAGCAAAAACACCAAAUUUGGGGAUCCUCCUAUAAGUAUUCCUUAUUUUUUUCUUUACAAUUAAUUUUUCAAGCAUGCAAAAGCAGUUUAUUGUAACUCACUGAUAUAGUAACAAUUAGUUGUGAAUACAAGGAGUAUCAGCUCCUUUGUUACUGAUACUUGGAAACAGUUAAAACAUUUUGGUAGAUUCUGAUGUAAAAAAAAAAAAAACACCAAAAAUUAUCAAGGUAUCUUUAGUUGAAGGACUUGGGAAGUAUUAUCAAAAUUAAUUUCCUAGGAAAAAUUUUUAAAAUAGAUUUAACUACUCUGGAUAGGCUGAUACAUUUCCAUGUUACUUCUGCAGUUAUAGACUUAGGCUUACCUGUAGUAAAUGGCAUGCUCCAUGGACUGCCAGCUCUGGUCUUGGCAAUGGGUGAUAUUAACCCAUAGAAAGCAAGUAAUUAUAUAUCACAUAGACAGUGGUUUUGACGUAAACAGAGACUGGGCUGUGUUUUGUUGUUCAACUGUCAUAUAUUUGUAAUAGAGAUGUUGUAAAGUGCGGGUCUAUUCUGCCUGCUCAGACCUAAGUUAAACCCUCAUCUUUCAUGUUAUGUCAUAGAAAACGUCUCUUAGGGUUUGGAAACUAGUCCCUGGUAUGUUCUAGGAGUGAUGCUGUCAUCAGCAGUAGAAAAACAGUGACUGUUGUCGUGGUCUGUAGAGAGUCUCCAACGGGAGAAAUUUGCUUGGCUUUAAGGUGUUUUUAUUUGUUCCUGAAGUCUAAAUAUGUCAUCUGUUUCUACUGGGAAGCCAGAAUAUAUUUUUCCUUUAUUUUAAACUUUUUAGAUCACCUUCAAAUAACCAAAUUUGACUUAGGCUUUUAACAAAGGGUUUAGCAGAAAUCAAGCCAAUUUUGUUUUUGUGAUACAAACUUUUAAUAGUGUUGAGGGACCAUGUCAGCCAACUACCAACAAUCCCUUCAAUCUUCAGGUACAGCUGGCAUUUCUACAGAUGUGUACAGACAUCUGAGACCCUCAGAAAGGAAGGAUAAUCCAAGAAUAUAGGGAAUCUGUGGUCCCUUCCCUUCAUUUUAUUCCUUUCCUUAUAUUUCUAAAAGACUAUAGAUAAUCUGAUGUUUUAACUUGGCAUCUCUUAUUUAUUUUUUCUUUCUGAGGUAUUAAAAUAUCUAGACUGGAUUUUGCCAAAUGUUAAAGGGAGAAAAGUUAUCGAGGACUUUGAACACUUGCUUUUUGUGAGUUGACUAUGCUUAAUAUGUCAUUAGUGCCUCAUGACUGUGUUUGAUGUCCUUUAUUGAUACAAAGUGAGCCUGUGCCUUCAUUUUCUUGCCCAUUUUGGUACAAAAACCUGGUGUUAGAUCUAUGAACUGUGUGGGUUAGGGAGGAAUAUACCUGAAUUCCAUUCAAUACAAGUUUCUGGAUGUAAAGAAAAAUACAGUCACAUAUUUAUAAAAUAGUUGUCACCAGGAUUCUUUUUUUUUUUUUUUUUUAUGUGUAUGCUUCUGCUUUUAAAAAAUGUUCUUGGCCAUGAAGUCAAAAAGUUUACAGGUCAUUUCAAUUUUUUCAUUGAGGGGAAAACAAGAAGUUGAUCCAAGUAACUAAAGAAUGUGUUAAAAGUCACUGGACAAGCUUACAAAAAGAUAAACUCAAGAGUUGGUGGUAGGAACAAUAAAGCAAGGAUCAAAUAUUACCAACUAUAAAUUAAAAAUGGUUUGGGGAUGGCGAGGUUGUUAGGGUAGAAAAAUGUGUUACUAGCAAUAUGGAGGAGACGUACCAGCUCUCUAUGGAUAGUAGCAUUAUAACCAUACAUGUACUUCAGUAUUUACUCAAGAACAUAUGUCAUUACAGAUUUACGUAAUGCAAUAGCAGUACUCAAUUCAGACAAACAGGGAUGUUGAGGAUGAUUGUGUGUGUCUGUGUGUGUGUUGGUGGAUAUACUGUAUAUAAUUCUAUUUCUGGUUUUAAGAUAGAGUAACAAUAAACCCCAAUGAUUGAUCCAGUACAGAGGGGGACUAUAUAUCCCUUACCAUGAGAAUGUAUGCAUUCAUUAAAGUGUGAAACAUG